CAUGGGGGACAUGAAAACCCCAGACUUUGAUGACCUGUUGGCUGCUUUUGACAUCCCUGAUGCAACUAGCCUUGAUGCCAAGGAGACCAUCCCAUCAGCUGGGGAGGAGAAUGAGAAUCAACUGAAGUCGUCGGGCAUCUGCAUAGAUGAGAAUGUGUCCUUAUCUCACUCUUUGCCUCCCUCUGAUGCUCCAGUUGUGAGCGUGAUAGUGAAGAACACAAGUCGCCAGGAGUCCUUUGAAGCAGAAAAGGAGGGGAAUCACCUUGGGACUAGUCUGCUGCACAAUGGAUUUCGUGCGUCUGAUCUCCCGCCGGAGGCUCACGCUUUAGGGCAUAAUUAUGGCAAGUUUGAGUCAACUUUUAUUAAUGGCGACAGCUCAAGAAGUUACUCUGAUAAACUGGACCAGUCCAAGUCAGAGCCUUUGCCAACAUUUAGUCAGUUUAGCCCAAUUUCCAGCCCUGAACCAGAGGAUGCGUUCAAAGAGAACAGUAUUGCUGAUAAACCUAAGCAUGCCCAAACUCCCUAUUUUCCACCACCUUCAAUGUAUAUACCCACAGGAGCUUCAGUACUAGAUCAUCUUAGGAAGGUACCAGAGCCUGAAUUAAGCAUGUUUGAUCAAUACUGUAAAAAGGAACAAAAGAUGGAAAUUCAUUGCCAGUCAGAGAGUAGGCUGGAAAUGAGCAGGAGAGAACAAGACAAAGCACAAGAGAGGUUUGUAGAGUCAAGCAAGGACUUGAUGGAUACCAAUAGCUUUCUUGGAGAAGGCCUGGUAUUUGGAGACCUCCCUCACAAUAAUGUAGGAGAAAGUAAGGGGUCUGUGCCUGAGCUGAACAUGUCUUCUUCGGUACCACCUCGCCAGAGAUUGAAGCCAACUCAUUCAAAGUUGUCAUCCUGCGUGGCGGCGUUAGUAGCCCUUCAGGCCAAAAAGGUUGCGUGUAUUCCAAGAAGCGAUCAGCCAAACCUUACCAAGGAACCUGGUGGUUUUAAAGAUGGUACAAAGGGAAGUCCAAAAAUGCCCAAGUCACCAAAGAGUCCCCGAAGCCCCUUAGAGGUGGUGAGGAAGGCGAACAAGCAGCCUGAAAGUCCUCGAAGUGUGUGCAGUGACAGCAGUGGGAAAGGCUCUCCCUCCAUGACAGCUGGCUCUCCACCAGCUAUUCCCAAAGUUAGAAUAAAGACUAUCAAGACAUCCUCUGGUGAAAUUAAAAGAACGGUAACUAGAAUUUUGCCAGAAAAUGAUGAGUUGGGCAAAUCUUCAGAAGAGUCUCCUGUGGAAACCUCCUCAUCUGCGGAAGAAUUUAUUAAAUGUUUCCCAUCCCCUGACACUAGUAUGGUUAUGGAAAGUGAGGCUAGCAAGAAUUCAACUAAAAAUGGGGCUACUGUGGCUAUCCAGCUGUCAAACAUAGCUAGUCCUUAUGCAGAUGCUAUGAAAACAGAUACUGCUGCAAACAGCAUGUGCACUGUGUCUUUGUCUCCACUGCCAAACUGCGGCAGUGGUGCUGUAAAAGUAGGUGGUAAGAGGCAGCAGCAACAAGAUGUCGUGAUGCAGCCAUCCAGCACGGCCACCUCUGGUCUUCUCCCCAAAGCCCUACACUUGGCAAACCUCAACUUAGUCCCGCACAGUGUUGCUGCUUCUGUCACAGCAAAGUCCUCUGCACAGAGGCGGAAUCAGACUCAGGUGACACAGAUGUCCGUUCCACUGGUGCACCAAGUCAAGAAAGCUGCUCCCAUCAUCGUGGAGGCGUUCAACAAAGUACUGCAUAGUGCCAACCCAGUGCCAGUCUAUACUCCAAACCUGAGCCCUCCACCUGACACCAAUAUUAAUUUACCUGCCUCUGGAUAUUGUUGCCUGGAAUGUGGGGACUCUUUUGCCCUAGAGAAGAGCCUGACUCAUCACUAUAGCAGACGAAGUGUUCAUAUCGAAGUUAUGUGUACUCAGUGUUCAACUAUGCUACUUUUUUUUAACAAGUGUAGCUUGCUGAAACAUGCAAGAGAUCAUAAGAGCAAAGGAUUUAUCAUGCAGUGUUCUCAGCUGCUAAUGAAGCCUAUUUCCUUAGACCAAAUGUUUUCAUCUUCUCCUCCAAGCUCUUCAGCCUCUCUGGCUGCUCAGACUUUGCACUCACCCUCUCCUUCACCUAAGAGUAGUGCUGCUCUGAGAGGUGGGGUGGGACCUUCUGCUAGCACUCAGCCAGCCAUGCCUCUCCACACAGACCCAUUGAGACUAAUCCGCCAUGGACUGAAAUGUUUGGAGUGUAACAAGCAGGUACAGGAUUACGUUGAUUUAGCAGCUCAUUACCAGAGAACCUCAGAAGAUAAUGAGAGACUGACGUGUCAAGUGUGCCAGAUGAUGCUGCCCAACCGGUGCAGUUACUGUGCCCACCAGAGGAUUCAUGCUCACAAGUCUCCGUACUGCUGCCCAGAGUGCGGAGCCGUCUGCCGCUCAGCCUAUUUCCAGAGCCAUGUGAAGGAGAACUGCCUGCAUUACUCCCGAAAAGUUGCCUUCAGGUGCAUCCAUUGUGGAGUUGUCCUCAUGACUCUUGGCAUGCUGAAAGUGCACAUCCAGGAGAAACACUGUGAAGUCUUCCACAAAUGUUCUUUUUGCCCGAUGGCCUUCAAGUCAGCCGACAGCACCACAGCUCACAUGACCAGCCAGCACCCACAUGCAUCGCACAAGACUACUCAGGUCAUCUACAAAUGUUCUUGCGAGAUGGUCUUUAACAGGAAGAAGCUGUUUCAAGAGCACUUCCAUAAGAGCACCAAGAAGUUGCUAGUGGCAGUGUUUAAGUGCCCACAGUGUCAGCUGGUGUAUAUGCAGAAACAGCAGUUAAUGCAGCAUGUUAAGGGUGUUCAUGGAGUCCCCAACAAUCCUGAGGAGCUCUCUGACUUUCAACAGAAAUCUGAGAAGGCCUCAAGGAACAAGGCUCAUACCCCACCAAAGGAGCUGUUGGUAGCAAAUGGGACUUCCCACUCCCCUCUGCAGAGGAAGGACAUGAGGAUGGAAGGACACAAUCCUGAAGCCAAGUCCAGACUGAGAACUGGUUGGACCUGCAAGGAAUGUUCACAGUGGAUCCCCGAUCGGGAAACCUAUGUGUCCCACAUGAAGGGAAAUCAUGGAAGGUCUCUGAAGAGAUACCCCUGUCGACAGUGUGAACGCUCAUUUGAUGCCUCCAACAGUCUGCGCAGACACAUCCGCAAUAACCACGACACAGCAAAGAUAGUUUAUACUUGUUGGUACUGCACAGAUGAAAAUCAGACAUUUCCUCAGCCGUUCAUGCUGGAAAAUCACAUCAGCCUCGUGCAUGGCAUCAGAAACCCAGACUUAUCCCAGAUGGCCCAAGCAGAAGCUCCAGAGAGAGACACAGCAGAAGCAAAAUCUCCAAAGAGGAUGGCAAUGGACGAGCUGGGUCAGGCAGAGACCACGGUGGGUUCAGAUGAGCCACCAGCUAAAAAACUGAAAGCACCUUGGAAAUGUGCGAAAUGCGGCUUCGCAACGGACAUCAGGACGGAGUUCCAGGAGCACAUACCUGGGCACAAGACAGACAGCUCCACCUAUCAGUGCUUGCUCUGUGGUUUGUGCUACACCUCUCACCUCUCUCUGAACAGACACCUCUUCAUUGUUCAUAAAAUAAAAAAUGAGGAGGAGGAGGAGGAAGAGGAGGAGGAUGAUGAAAGGGAGAAGUUUCAAAGGGAGACGAGUGAAAAUGGACACAAGGGGUAUAAUGGUGAGAUGAACACUACAGUGGAAAAAGAAAACCUGAAAUGCAAAGAGUAUAAAAGUGACUCAGCUCUUUGUGAAAACAGUCAGACGUGUGGCAUGGAGGAUCCUCAUAGCACCUCACAGAACAAUAAUUUGAAGUCUUUUAAGACUUAA